GUCCACACAGGACCUUUGUAAAAGAGAAACCGUGAUACAAAUAUCCAGGGAAAGAGCCACUCAAGGGGAGGGAAUGGCCAGUGCAAAGGCCCUGAGGCAGGACAAGCCAUUGUGGACGAAGCUCAGUGGAGAUGAGGUCACAGGGAGGGGAGGGGCAGGCCAGCCAGGGCUUCGUGGGCCUUGGUAAGGGUGUUGAUUCUCAUUCCACGUUCACUGGGCGUGCAAGGAGGGUUCUGGGUGCGGCAUGUUCUGAUCUGCCGUUUAAUAAGAUCCGUCCGCUGCUCGGUGUCGCGUGCGCUGUAGGGGACAGAGGCAAGGCAGGCGCUAUUCUCCUCUAUACGCUUCUCCUUACGUCUUCCUCUCCCCCAGGCUCUGUGCCUCCCUGGGUGCGGUCCCCACGGCCCCCCUGGGUCCAUGACGGUGGCCCUGGGCUCCCCCGGCGCCCCCGCAGCCCCGCCCUGGGCCAACCAGAGCUCGGGCCGCGAGUUCUUCCUUCUGGGCUUCGCGCACGUGCCGGCGCUGCGGCCGCUGCUGGCUGCGCUCUUCCUGGCCAUGUUCCUGCUCACGCUGCUGGGCAACGCGCUCAUCGUGCUGCUGACCGCCCUGGACCCGGCCCUGCGCGCGCCCAUGUACUUCUUCCUGCGCCAUUUGGCCCUGGUGGAGAUCUGCUUCUCGCUGGACAUCGUGCCCCAGCUGCUGGUGACCCUGUUGCGGCCCGGGCGGGGAGUGUCACCUGCGGGCUGUGCCCUGCAGCUGCUCCUGGUGCUGUCCUGUGUCACUUCCGAGUGCUUCCUCCUGACCGCCAUGGCCUGGGACCGCUACGUGGCCAUCUGCAGGCCCCUGCGCUAUGGCGCCAUCGUGAGCCCACGAGUCUGCCACCUGCUGGCCGCCACGUGCUGGCUGGCUGGAGUCCCCGUGUCACUGGUCUUCACAGUCUGGCUGUUCCACUUCCCCUUCUGUGGACCACGUGGCAUCCGCCACUUCUUCUGUGACAUCGCCCCUCUGCUGAGCUUGGUGUGUGCGGACACCAGGGUCUUGGAGGCCAACGUGUUGGCGGCCACGGUGCUGAUUAUGAUUGUUCCCUUCUGUCUGAUAGCCGUGUCCUACACCAAGAUUCUGGCCACUGUCCUCCAGAUGCCAUCAGCCACUGGGCGCCACAAGGCCCUGUCCACAUGCGCCUCCCACCUCAUUGUGGUGGUUCUGUUUUAUGGCACAACAGGGGUCAUCCACUUGCGACCCAAGGCCAGCUGCUCCCCAGAGAGCAAGCAGGUGGUGUCCCUCUCCUACACCCUGGUGACCCCCAUGCUCAAUCCCCUCGUCUACAGCCUUCGGAACAAGGAAGUGAAGGCUGCCCUGGGGCGCGCAUGUGUUCAAAGAAGAGGAAUUCGUAUUCCAUGA